UCGAGGCCCUUCAUCGACUUAGCAUCUCCGAGAGGCGAUGGCUCUUCUCCUUCUGGGACUGAACCCCGUCUCCACCUCCCUCCAGGAUCAGCAGUGUGAGAGCCUGUCCCUGGCCAGCAAUGUCUCUGGCCUGCAGUGCAAUGCCUCUGUGGACCUCAUUGGCACCUGCUGGCCCAGGAGCCCUGCGGGGCAGUUGGUGGUUCGACCCUGCCCUGCCUUUUUCUACGGUGUCCGCUACAACACCACAAACAAUGGCUACCGGGAGUGCCUGGCCAAUGGCAGCUGGGCAGCCCGUGUGAAUUAUUCUGAGUGCCAGGAGAUUCUCAACGAAGAGAAGAAGAGCAAAGUGCACUACCACAUUGCCGUCAUCAUCAACUACCUGGGCCACUGCAUCUCCCUGGUGGCCCUCCUGGUGGCCUUUGUCCUCUUCCUGCGGCUCAGGAGCAUCCGGUGCCUGAGGAACAUCAUCCACUGGAACCUCAUCUCUGCUUUUAUCCUGCGCAACGCCACAUGGUUUGUGGUUCAGCUCACCGUGAGCCCCGAGGUCCACCAGAGCAAUGUGGCCUGGUGCAGGCUGGUGACAGCUGCCUACAACUACUUCCAUGUAACCAACUUCUUCUGGAUGUUCGGCGAGGGUUGCUACCUGCACACAGCCAUUGUACUCACAUACUCCACCGACCGUCUGCGCAAGUGGAUGUUCGUCUGCAUCGGCUGGGGUGUGCCUUUCCCCAUCAUUGUGGCUUGGGCCAUUGGGAAACUUUACUACGACAAUGAAAAGUGCUGGUUUGGCAAACGUCCUGGAGUAUACACUGACUACAUCUACCAGGGCCCCAUGAUCCUGGUCCUGCUGAUCAACUUCAUCUUUCUCUUCAACAUUGUCCGCAUCCUCAUGACCAAACUCCGGGCAUCCACCACAUCUGAGACUAUUCAGUACAGGAAGGCUGUGAAGGCCACCCUGGUGCUCCUGCCCCUCCUGGGCAUCACCUACAUGUUGUUCUUCGUCAACCCCGGAGAAGACGAGGUCUCCAGGGUUGUCUUCAUCUACUUCAACUCUUUCCUGGAGUCCUUUCAGGGCUUCUUCGUGUCUGUGUUCUACUGUUUUCUGAACAGUGAGGUCCGCUCUGCCAUCCGGAAGAGGUGGCGGCGGUGGCAGGACAAGCACUCCAUUAGAGCCCGAGUGGCCCGCGCCAUGUCCAUCCCCACCUCCCCCACCAGAGUCAGCUUCCACAGCAUCAAGCAGUCCACAGCGGUGUGAGCCGCAGGCCACAGAGCAGCCCCUAAGACCUGAGGCCGGGGAAAUGAUGCAAGUUCACUCGCGAGCCUGUCUGCAGAGGCAGGUGACCUUCCCAUUCCUGCCCCUGGGCUGCAGACCUGAGAGCCUGCCCAGCCAUGGACAAAGCUCAUAGCACCGGGGUGGGUCCUGGGCAUCUAGCUCCCUGCUGCCCAUUCUCCCUGGGAAGUUGAAAUGGGCAUUGGGGGCUGGAAACCCUGCAGCAGUUUGAUGGACCUGUGAGUGCUGUCUUCUCCCAGAGCAGCUCACUGAAGAUCUGUCGUCUUCGGCAGCUGUUGGGGAGGCCACUUGCCCAAGGGCAUCAUGGGAAACUCCCUUCUGAGACUGUAAAGCCUCUGAGGGUUGGCGAUGCCUCGGGAUGCUACCGAGGACCAACGCCACACGGCCCAGUCAGGAGACCUGGAGAUAGCGUUAGAAAUUUGGAAACGUCAUCAGAUGGCACUCCACCUUCCUACGAGUGACUCCUGACCCACCAGGAUGUCAUCAGCUCUGUGGCACUGCCACUGGAAAGCCCUGCCUUGCUGCUUUGCUGCCUUGCACCUUUAGACAUUUACUAUUCUGCAGGCCAGCUUUCUGUCACUUAUCCACUGACAGCAACGGUCCCCUCGCCCCCAAACCCUCCCACCUCUGGAUAUCUUCUAACCUGUGAGAAGAUGGGGGUCGGGAAGGGGACUUGAGUUGCCUGUAAGGGAGAACUAGAGUGGGCCCAGCCUAUGAGGAAGGAGUGGCCCCUGGGUACCCAGGCCACUGUCUUCAGUGGCUGGCCUCUUGAACACAGUCACAAGCUGGGGGAAGGGUGAAAGGACCUCUCUAUUCGAGUUCCCUGACCAGUGACAAGUGGCUCCUGGGACAACUGCCUUGUUCCCAGGCUUGAAAUGGCCCAGUCCUCACUGGGUAGGAGGGCUGAGGAGCCGCAGCAGGACUGAGGUGGGGGGUGAUAUAAAUAAUAUUUAUCUUUUUAAUUACCUUUGUGAAGACGUCCAUUCUGCUGGGGCUAGGAGUGAGCCAGAGGGUAGCUUCUGAGAAGUAGCCGGUAGGGGCGGGAAUUACUGUGUGGCAGGAUGCCUGAUACAUCUCAUUACAAUUCAGGAUGAGCCGGAGGGCCAGAGGCAGAGGGCAUGAACUCCAGACAUGAAGGUAUGGAUGCUUGUCAAGUAACAGCUCUUGGCAAGGUGGUGAGACCUGGAGAGAAGAGCUGUGGGGCUUUCAUGCAGGUUACCACGCAGGGAGAGUUAGCAUGGAUGGGGGACAGCCAUGAGACCAGGCUGAAGUGGGGCCCAGUUCUGUAGAGGAGAACUAGGCAGCAGUUAGGGAGGCUGAGCAGCCUAUGGAGCUGGAGUCUUCCCAGAUGCACACAUGGAGACUUGGUGGCCGGAGCACUCUCAAGGCAGCACUGGAGAGCGGGUAAGGCCAAGGAAGGAGAGAAAGGGAAAGACAGAUGAUGUACAAGCACCAUGGCAGGCAGCUGGGACUCUGGCCUUCCAAGGAGCCUGGGACACAGGAUGAGGGAGCAGAGUUGGGAUACUGGUCUACCAACUCUUACCAUCCCUCAUUCACUGAUGCAAGCUGCUCCCAAGGGACAUGAGUGUCCCUGCAUUUGCCACAUCCACGGGGCCACAGAGUCA